GGCUACUGACCAAAUCGAUGAUGAAUCCUACUGGUCAAAUUAUUUUGGAUUCUGGACUGGAAAUUUGCCAAACGAAGGCCAAGUGAGAGAACAAUAGCAUAAAGCAUCCGCAUGACAGCGAUCCACCGACAGAUCUAUAUUGUUUAUUCCCACUUGCUUGUCCACUGCUUUGGCUACUUAUUUUGCGACACACUACCUUCUACUUAUACUUCACUUGUUUGGCGCUCUUCUAGCACAUAAAAAGUGUAGGCAAAGUUGGAGGACGCCAAUCCAGAACCCGAUUUCCUCUUCGGUCAUCACGAAUUUACUGCAGAGUAAUUCCUUCUCGCGAAACAUCUUUACAACUUCUAUCGACUUUAACUUGCGCAAUGGAUGCUUCUCGAUUGCAUUUAUCUGCUGAAACCACUGAGGCUCCCGAAAGCGCACAGAAAGCGCAGAAUACUUUGAACACCCAAACCCUCCAGAAACCCCCACAGAAUCUCGACGAACCCCAGGGCCAGGUCCAGGGCCAAGGGGUAGAGGUGGAGGUGGAAAUGGACAACACAUGCGAUUUUGCAGCGAAUGGUGGCCAGAUGGACACGGCGCAAGACCUCAAUGCACCAACUGCAUCAGAUGCGCAACCUACAGAUGCGCCAACGGCAGCGAAAAAGAAUUCGGACCUCGGAUUUCUCAACUACCUAAUGUCGCCAAUUGUCGAAAUCAUUGUUGGCCAGGGAGAAAAUGAAACCACGUUGACAGCUCAUCAAACUUUGCUACUAGAGUCGCCUUUUCUUGCAGAGAUGGUUAACAAAUUCAGCGAAACUGAACCGCGGCGUAUUGAACUCCCCCAUGAGCACGUGGACGCGUUUGGAUGCUUUCUGCAAUUCCAAUACACGCGCGACUAUACUUCAAAACCGACUACGGGACAGGAUGCAAAGGUCUCCGAUGGCAGUGGGGAACAAUUAUUGAAGCACGCGCGAGUUUACACCUUGGCAGAGAAGCUUAGGAUACCGGCAUUGAAGGUACUCGCUCACACCAAGAUCCAUCGUGUCAAUAGUAGCCCCCGCGGUGAAAUUGAAUAUGCCCGUUAUGUCUACACGCACACUUCUGUGGAUGAUGUCAUGCUCCGCAAACCUAUCGCCAGAUUUUGGGCCACCAGAAGCCAUGUUUUGCGACAUGGCGUGGAAGGAGAAUUCAAGAGGCUGUGUCUUGAUGUGCCAGACUUCUCUUAUGAAGUUCUUGCGCUCGUAUUGGAGAACAAAGAAAAACGUAGUCAGGACAACAAGACUGAAUCCGAAUCGGGGGCCCGCACAAGCGGAAGGAAGCGACAGAGGGGUGGUCAGUAGCUGACCGAACGAAACACUGUCAUUUCUGCACUACUGGAAAGGCAUUGUUUAAAUUGAACGGUCU